AUGAGCUGCUUCGGAAUCGCAGUUCAGGUCGAGCCAGAGCCAGAGCCAGAGCCCGAAGAAACCUACUCCUCGCUCAAGCUCCGCCUAGAGGAAGCGAUCAAGACUAACUCCUCGCUCAAGCUCCGCCUAGAGGAAGCGAUCAAGACUAACUCCAAACUCGAAGCGGCCUUGCACGAUGCCAUCACGCAGCAAACCCAGCUCACACAACAAGGCCUACAACAAAAUAUCAGAGAGAUAGCAAAAACUUUGAACCCAUCGCCUCAAGCUUCAGACGCACAGCAUGCUACCCCAGUAUCCCUCCCAGCUCCUCCCCAACAUACAACCCUGCCCGCCAGCAACAGCGGCUGCCAAGCCAGGCAAGCCAGCGGCGAGGAGCUUGAUCAGAGAGAGAUUGAUGAAUGCGAAGAGUCUGGCUCGCCGCCAGCAGAUCUUGGGUUCUCGAAAAUUUGCUGGCCCAUCCAGCAAACGUCCAGCCCACCUCAAUGCAUUCAUAUCUCAAGCAGAAGGAUUGCAAGUGCGCCCAAGAGGGUGUAUGAGGCCAUGAAGCAGCGAGAUGAUUGGAAGGACUUGACUUGUCCUGGGAUAGCGCUGGAGUUCGAAAUAAGCGAUCGAUCAACCGACUUCAUCUUACAAGAAUUGAUGGACAGCAUCAAGAAGCUGAACCCCUUGAUUGUCACUGGAGGGACGCGCUACGGCAUUAUGAAAUUUGUCGGAAAAGCUCGAGCCAAGUAUGCAAUGAAUGUGAACCUGUUGGGUAUUGCACCUUCUGCUGUGAUCGAGAUGCCCAAGGAGAACGAGGAGUCAGAAGAAGGACAGGAAACAGACUCUGAACUGGUAGAGACAAGAACCCUUGGAUCGUCCGAACAGCAGUGCGCUGAAGAUGUCACAAACCGAGAACGAGCAGAUUUCUCUGAUGGGGAAAACAAAGAUGGUUUAGGCGCCGAGCCGCCUGGCAAUGAAGCAGUGCAAGAAAAAUGUUUGUUGGAUUUGAAUCACUCACACUUCAUUCUUGUCGAAAGCUUAAGCGAUGAGAGCGUGAGAAAAGAAUGGUGCCAGCGUUUUGGAGAGGAAACUAGUUUUAGGGCGGGACUUGAAAGAAUCAUCUCUGAGAAUUCCGCUGAGAAAAUGAUACUCUCGGUUUGUGUACAAGGAGGCUUGGGAUCAGUCAAGACAGUGUUGGAUGCCGUUGAACAGGGCACUCCGUGUAUGAUAGUUGACGGGAGUGGCAGAGCAGCAGAUCUGAUCAGUGAUGCGGUGAAGUUGUGUUUUCCCAUGGGGAGUAAGGGGCGAAUGGAUAGUGCUUGCUUUGACAGGAGGCAACGAGCUUUAUGCGAUUAUUUUGAAAGCUUGUGUGGAACCAAGUAUGAAACUGGGCAGUGGACAAUCACUUCAAGUGAUGAUCAGAAGAUAUCUCGGAUAUUUGAGCCAGACAGGUCAUGGAAAGAUUUCUUGGAGAUGUACCAACUGCCCGAGUCCAGUCCACUGCUCAUACAUCAAUUGUUCACAUUAGCCAACAGCGGUAAGUGCUGGAUUUUCGAAAUCAACGAAGGACAUCAAAGUGGAGACUUCAAAGAUGCAAUGUUGUAUUGUCUUCUGCAUGAGGUAGACAAUCAGUUGCAGAAAAAAAUCGAUAUUGAUCAACAAGAAGCGGCAAAAAACCUUGAGUUCUCGAAACAGGAUGAAUUGAUAACGCAAGCGUUGCAUAAGAAGUUCAAUUUAGCCAUCAAGUUUCAAAGUCCCCAUGUUUUGUCGCAAACGAUCGCAAGUGCGUGGAAAGAUGUGACAAUGAAGCGAUACGUCCAUGAAGUAAUCGAAGAUGAGUUUGUGUUUGCAUUUUGCAACUCAACAGCUGCAAUGGUUGAGGUGUUGCUUCAAGAAGUACCUCAUCUUGAAUUUCUGCGCAUUGGUUGGAAAGAGUCAAAGCUUGCCUUUACUAGGGGAAGCGGACUCAUGACUUCAAAGGAAUCGAAGGAAGCAAGAAGACGGUUGAGGCUUCUGAAUGAUUUAAUGCCCAAAGUGCAGAAGGAAACGACACACGCUGGACUCCCUAAGAGAGAUUUCAGAAGGUACCAGGAUGAGACUAGGUUGUUUGACAUUUCAGAGUUUGCAAAUGUCCGCAACGAGAUCGAUCCUGAGAUAGAAGAAGUAAUUUCUCAGUUGGUCUUGAAACAAAGGCAGAUGAGAAGCAAACUACGCUCGAGGGGUUUUCCCAUAGUUCAAUACAACUUGGGUGCAGAUGGUCCCUUGGCUGACUUGUUCUUGUCCAGUGUCGUCACACAAAAGUUUGAUCUUGCAGACUUGAUCUGGAGGCUUUGGAUCCCUGAUAUGGACAAACCUGGAGUUUUUUGGACUGAGCCAAUCAAUUCGAUCACUUAUGCCCUCAUGGUACUGCUCUUUACCCUCUCAGAGCCUUGUCAUUCUUGUUUGCAGGCAGUAGGCUACUUGCGAAGGAAGUCAUUGCGGGAGGUCAACACGACAAAGAGGAUUUUGAUGGAAGAGAAGGCAGAUCAUCUUGAAAGAAAUGCUAUUGAGGUUUAUCAUCAUUCAAUCAAAAAUGAUAAAGCGAAGGAGAGCAUUCAUGGAAUCGAAAAUGUGAAUACACGCCUGACGUGGAUAUUCUACGUGAUUGAUAAGCGUUUGACAGAUUUUGAAUAUCCGAACAAGAAUUUUGGAUACCGGGAGCUUCGAUCCGUGACGCAGCGAUUUGAAAAACUUAAAGAACCGAGCGUGUUUGAUCGAUGGGGCUGUUGCAUGUUCUCCCCCAUUUCCAUCUUUGUUUGGAAGGGGAUAGAGCGCCUUGCUGCCACGAUCUGCUUUACCCUUGUAGUGUAUCCAACGUACGAGUUCUCCAUCAAACUACAUGAAAUUCAUAUCUUGGAGUGGUUGUUGCUCGGACAUUACAUCGCAUCUUUCAUUCGUGGGAGUCUUGUUCUUAUGCAGACGGAGAAAGAGACAAGCAUUCCGUCAGGCGUGACUGACAGUAAUUUAGACUUUGUUGCUUGGAUGUACUCAGACCUCGUAGCUUUUGUGGCUUACGCUGUUGGUCUUGCUAGGCACGUGCAAUGUAUACGUCAUACCGAAACAUGUCGUGAAAUUGAUUUCACGCAAGACAUAUACUUCAUUUUCCUGAUGGCUCUAUCUAUCCUAUUGCUUGGGGCAACUUUGAUCAAGCUUGACAUCUACAACUACGUGACAUGCUACAGCACCUGGUGGAUCUAUCGAUCCUUAUUGAUCUCCUGGGGAGAAGUAAGCAUGCAAGAGAUUACAAACGGUGUUUUUGUUUUGGCGACCCUCCGUAAGCAAUCAAGAAAACAGUGGUUGAUAGAUAUCGUGAAUAUCACCAGGGACAAUUCAAUGAUCGAUUGUGACUUUUUAUUUCCAUUCUUCGUGUUGCCAUUCUAUCUGCUAUCGUCUCAAGAUUUUUGGCGCAAGAGAUAUUCCAGCGAUUUUCCAAUAUUGGGAGGCAUGCUCAAAGAAUCUGGCAACAAAACUCGUUGGAGGCCUUUCGAUCACAGCAGGCCUGACUCGGAUGUUGUAAGAAUUGUAACUGACGCGAAGGAGAGGAAUGAGCUUCAAAGAUUCGUCGCCAUCGUGGCUGAGGCAAAACGGCAAGUCAACAAGCAGCUGAGAAGAGAAAAAAAGAAGGAAGAGGCAGCCAACUAA